ACGGGACCGUGUUUUCCGUCAUGCGUCCCGGAGCCGAGGCGUUCUAUUGCCGGCGUUUCGAGGCGAAUAUCUUCGACGGCGCUCGUUGUCUGAAUUGCCUUCGACCGCGCAGUUUACACGCGGAAGCAAAACUGCAGCUGGAAGCUGAUAGGCUGUCCCCAGUGAGCGGGUAUUGUGAUGUCAGCGGUGAUGCGUUCUGCUUGGAGGACUCUGAUUCGUCGCUGUGCAUCCUGACUCCGGACUGUGAGCUUUACCUGUGUUCCUCUGAUCAGGAGAGUUCUCAGAGUUUUGGGGAGCAGUGUGUCUACUCCGAGCUCGGGACAGGACAAGCCAGCCCCCCCAACCUCUCCCCGGAGCCCCCCCAGGACCCUGCCUCUAUGACGAGGCUGGCCCCCCCCUGCAGAGCCGGCGCGGCCCCUCCCAGUGCGGUCAGACCCGGGGGCUGGCUCGAGGAGGGGCGCAGCGGACACUCCCAACCUCUUCACUCAAAAAGACCUCGACAGGAGAUUGGAUACUUCUCAUCAGAGGGGCGGAGUCCGGACCCAGCAAGCCCCGCCCCCUCCCGGAACGCCGAGCCCUCAAACCCCGCCCCCAGGCGGAGUCUCUACCGCACCUCCCCAGAACCCAAACCUCACUUCCCGUUCCGGAACCCGGAUUUGGGCAUCCUGACGUCGUCGCCCCGGCGGAACCCUGUGGCGGAAAGCCCCUCCCCUCCCAGGAACCAGGAUUCCAAAAGCCCCGCCCCCCGCUGGAAGUCUGAGAAAGAAAGUUCCGCCCCUCUCAGGAGCUUUGAGAGGGAAAGCCACUCUUCUGGGCGGAACUUUGAGAAAGAAAGCCACUCCCCUCGCCGGAACUUUGAGAAAGAAAGCCACUCCCCUAGGCAGAACUUUCAGAAGCAAAGCUCCGCCCCUCUUAGGAACUGUGAGAGGGAAAGCCACUCCCCUAGACAGAACUUUGAGAAGCAAAACUCCGCCCCUCUUAGGAGCUUUGAGAAAGAAAGUCACUCCCCUAGGCAGAACUUUGAGAAAGAAAGCCACACCCCUAGACAGAGCUUUCAGAAGCAAAGCUCCACCCCUCUCAGGAGUUUUGAGAAAGAAAGCCACACCCCUAGACAGAGCUUUCAGAAGCAAAGCUCCACCCCUCUCAGGAGUUUUGAGAAAGAAAGCCACACCCCUAGACAGAGCUUUCAGAAGCAAAGCUCCACCCCUCUCAGGAGUUUUGAGAAAGAAAGCCCCUCCCCUCGCCGGAACUUUGAGAAAGAAAGCCACUCCCCUAGGCAGAACUUUCAGAAGCAAAGCUCCACCCCUCUCAGGAGUUUUGAGAAAGAAAGCCACACCCCUAGACAGAGCUUUGAGAAAGAAAGCCACUCCCUGAGGCAGAAUUUUCAGAAGGAAAGCUCCACCUCUUUAAGGAACUUUCAGAAGCAAAGCUCCACCCCUCUAAGGAGCUUUGAGAAAGAAAGCCCCUCCCCUCGACGGAACUUUGAGAAAGAAAGCCACUCCCUUUGGCAGAACUUUCAGAAGCAAAGCUCCACCCCUCUCAGGAGCUUUGAGAAAGAAAGCCACUCCCCUCGCCGGAGCUUUGAGCCCGGCAGCUCCUCCCCUCACAAGCAGCAUUCCGAUUCCAAACCCUCCUUCAAAACAGAACUCAACAGCCUUGCUAAAAACCUCCGUCCCACAAGCCCCGCCCUCUCUCCUCCCUCCUCCUCCUCCUACAGACUCAGCAGGACCUCGACAGACUCCUCCAGCCCCGCCCCCAGACGAAGCCCCUCUCCUGGGCGUGGCCUGUCCCAGGCAGACCCGAGACAGGGCAGGAGCCAUGACCCUCACAGCUCUCCAACGAGGAGGUUAGAAGCCACUCGGAGCCCCUCCCCUGGGCGUGGCCUGUCGUCCCGGAGCCCCUCCCCUCAGAGGGGCGUGGCAGGCAGGCUGAGUUCCUCUCAGAGCUCCCUGGAGAGUGAAGGAAGCUUGCUGUCUGCCGGAGGCUCGGGGCUGGUCAGGAGAGAGUACUGCCUGCUGGCAGACCUGCCCAAGCCCAGGAGGAUCGGCCACAGGGAGGCGCUAGAGAGGGAGCGGAGAGAGAGGGGACACGGGGACCGCACCAGGAGCCCAGGCAGGGAGGAGGUGCAGAGGCUGUUUGGGAAAUCCCAGAUGUCGGAAACGUUCCACUCCCUGGAUUCGGGAGCGCCGGUAUUCCGGAGGGAGGGGGGUCUGUCCCGGACCCUCUCCUCGUCCUCCCUCCUCUCUCAGGGGUCCCGCAGCCCCCCCAGAGAGGAGCGAGCCUACUGGAGGAGCAGUCUGAGACCAGCACAGACCAGUCAGGCUGAGGACCGGCGUGUUGCGGAUCAGGGUUCGAGAAGCAGGUCCAGUUCUCUUCAAUACAGCAGGGAGGCAGAGCGGCCGGAGAGCUCUGAUGAAAGUUAUACCUCCAUCCACCAGAGGGCACCGGUUGAAAACACCAACGCCAAGGCAGACAAGCCUGAUCUCCUCAACUUCAAGAAAGGAUGGAUGUCAAAGUUGGACGAGAAAGGAGAGUGGAAGAGGCACUGGUUUGUUUUGACGGACGCUGGUCUGAGAUACUACAGGGACUCCAACGCUGAAGAGGUGGAUGAUGUUGAUGGUGAGAUUAAUCUCUUAUCCUGUCUCGAUGUCUCAGAGUUUCAGGUACAGAAGAACUACGGCUUCCAAAUACAGACUAUGGAAGCAGUACACACUCUGUCUGCAAUGACUUCAGGAAUUCGACGAAAUUGGAUUGAGGUUUUGCGAAAAAGUAUUCGACCGACGUCAGUCCCUGAUGUUACCAAGCUCUCUGACGACAAAGAGAACUCCUUCACCCAGCGGGACCCUCAGACAGGAAGGAGGGGCCGGCCGGAGCAGGAAGUGAGGUCAGAGGCCGCCCCCCCGCAGCGCUUCGACUACGUGGAACUGGCGCCCCUGGCCACGCCCCCGAGCCCCGUGUCACAGAAGGGGGAGGAGCUGGAGAACUUGCAGGCUCAGAGAUACGGGGAGAGAACUCUGUGGUUUGAGACGAACGUCUCCAAGGCAACCGGGAGAGGGGCCGGGCCACAGUGGCCGGGGGGAGUGGCCUCCAGGAAGGCCGGCGUUCUAGAAGGGGGCGGGGUUCCGGAAGCCCCUCCCACGGCUGAUCCUGAGCAGAGGAGGAGGCUGGAGGCGGAGAUCGAGAAGAGGUGGGAGGAGUUUGAGAAGCUGCCACUCAGGGAGAGCCGGCAGGUUCCCGCGGUAACCAGGAGGGGUCACCGCGGCGACGAGGCGCUGGAGAAAGAGUGUCAGUCUCUCAGGCAGCAGGUGGAGAGAUUGAAGAGGCAGCUGGAGGGUCAGAGGUCAAACAGCACCCCCCCACCACAGGGGUACAUCUCCCAGGCUCAAUGUGAACACAGUCUGUCUACGAUGGAAGCAGCUCACUCCCAAGCGAUGAAGGAAUUUCAGCGCUACCACCAGAGGGAGCUGGAGAGGCUGGGGGAGGAGAGAGAGAGGCUCCUGGCAGAAGAGGCCGCGGCCACUGCAGCUGCAAUGCAAGCUCUUAAAAAUGCCCACAGAGAGGAACUGGCCAGAGAGACAGAGAGGGUCAAGCGACUGACCGCUGGAGGCAAUUCAUUAGAUCAUCAAUCCCUACGGACACAGCACCAGUCUGAGAUGGGGUCUCUGAGGAGGGAGCUGGAGGGUUUGUCGGAGAGAUAUUCCCACAAGUGCGUCGAAUUGAACAGCCUGCUUCAGAGAGGAGAGGAGAGAGAGAGAGAAGCGAGCCAGCAGAGGAGAGUGAUAGAGGAACUGAGGAGAGAGAACGAGGAUCUGCAAACUCGUCUCUCUAAUGAGAUUAGUCGGUUGCGAGCCUUUAUCACAGGUCAGGGGUCAGACGAGGGGAGCGGUUCCCAUAGCAACCAGGAACGGAACUCCUGCGAGCUAGAGGUGCUGUUGAGGGUGAAGGAGAGUGAGGUUCAGUCUCUCCAGAAGGAGAUGUCGUGUCUCAGAGAGGAGGUGCAGACCCUGCACCAGGAGAAGCGGUUCUCCUCGGAGCGGUACCACGAGGUUUACGCUGAGCUGAGCAGCAUGAAGACGCGGAGCGAGAGGGAGAUCAGCCAGCUGAGAGAACACCUGAGACUAACCCUGGCAGCCCUGAGAGAGGAGGGGGGAGUGCGGAACAGCCUGGGGGACUGAGAGAGGAGGGGUCCUGUUAACACUUUGCAGACGGUCCCUGGACAGUCCCAGCCCUGCUGAGCUGCAGAGGAAAACAAAUCUAGACGGUGCCUUAAAACCACCUGACCUUGGAUUCAGCCAAUCAGUGGACUGAGAGACUCCCUGAAAGUCAAACCUUACUGUACGAACACUGGCUUGCUGUCCUGAGCUCUGCACUUACUUUGAUUUUUUUUUCAACUUUUUUUAAUUUAAUUUUUAAAGCAUUUCUUUAAGACUUUUUUAUUUUCCUAACCCCACAAAUUUUUUUUAAGGGGUCGGAAUAUUUUUAAACCACUUUACAAAAAUGUAAAAAAAAAAUAAAAGUAGGGGACCGUGGAUAUUUUCACAUUCCCUACCAAAAACGUUAAAUGUAUUAUUAUUAUUAUUAUUAUUAUUAUUAUUAUUAUUAUUAUUUGUAUUGUUAUUUUUCUGGGGUUUUUUAAAAAUGUUUUUAUGUUUAAAAGUGGAACCUCAGGACUAAAGUUUAUUCUAUUGAAAGAAAAAAGUUUCCCUCCCUCCCAGUCCCUCCUCAGCUCCGCUAGAGCCACGCUGCUUCCCUCCCAGUCCCUCCUCAGCUCCGCUAGAGCCACGCUGCUUCCCUCCCAGUCCCUCCUCAGCUCCGCUAGAGCCACACUGCUUCCCUCCCAGUCCCUCCUCAGCUCCGCUAGAGCCACGCCGCUUCCCUCCCAGUCCCUCCUCAGCUCCGCUAGAGCCACACUGCUUCCCUCCCAGUCCCUCCUCAGCUCCGCUAGAGCCACGCUGCUUCCCUCCCAGUCCCUCCUCAGCUCCGCUAGAGCCACGCUGCUUCCCUCCCAGUCCCUCCUCAGCUCCGCUAGAGCCACACUGCUUCCCUCCCAGUCCCUCCUCAGCUCCGCUAGAGCCACGCCGCUUCCCUCCCAGUCCCUCCUCAGCUCCGCUAGAGCCACGCUGCUUCCCUCCCAGUCCCUCCUCAGCUCCGCUAGAGCCACGCUGCUUCCCUCCCAGUCCCUCCCAGUCCCUCCUCAGCCCCGCUAGAGCCACGCUGCUUCCCUCCCAGUCCCUCCUCAGCUCCGCUAGAGCCACACUGCUUCCCUUCCUCUAGAAAUCUUUUUAUUUUGAAUAUAUAUAAAGCUAUAUUGAUGAAUGUAAUUCUAUUUUCUUGAACUAUUGUAAUUAUUAUUAUUAAUAUUAUGAGCCAGUAUUUUUUGGGGGGAGGUUAAAUAAGGAGGGUGAAACUAGAAUCAAUUUUUAUUUUUCUUUGUUUGA